GGCAGCGCGGAGCCCGGCGUGGGCGCGCGGGGGCGCGGGCCGAGCCGCAGCCCCCCAGCCGCCGGGGCCCGCGCCCCGCGCCCCCCAGACAUGGUGGGGCACCUGCCUCUGCGGGACAUGGAGGACGGCCUCAAGGAGAAGAGGCGCGAGGGCCUGCUGGACAGUCCGGACUCGGGGCUGCCCCCCAGCCCCAGCCCCAGCCCCAGCCCGCCCCUCUGCGCCCUGGAGGCGCGCGCGGGGGGCGCCGGACCCGGACGCGGCCGAGCGCCCCCGCCCCUGCCCCUGGCUCCGGGGCUGGAGAUGAGGCCCCGGAUGCUGCCAGUGUUCUUUGGAGAGAGAAUCGAGGUGAACCCAGCACCCACGCACGAGAUCCGAUGCAACUCGGAGGUCACGUACGCCUCGGAGAAGCACUUCCGGGACAAGGUCUUCUACGCGCCGGUGCCCACGGUCACGGGCUACAGCGAGACCAUCGUGGCCGCCCCCAACUGCACGUGGCGCAGCUACCGCAGCCAGCUGACCCUGGAGCCCCGGCCGCGCGCGCUGCACUACUGCUGCACCACCAUCGUCUUCCCCAAGCGCGCCCGCAGCUCCUUCCGCACCACCCUGCGCUGCAGCCUGGGCCGGCCCAGCCGCCGCUUCACCGCCAGCGUCCAGCUGCAGCCCGAGCCGCGGCCGCUCUAGGGCGCCCCCUGCAGGACGGCCGCGGCAAGCCUGGAGCGAGGGACAGUGGCCCCUGCGAGGACGCAGGCGUCCCCCACCGGCCGGAGGCCCCCCACCCCCUGCCCCGGCCGGUUUUCCGGGAAGAGCAUGCGGGGCUUGGGGCCUACGGGCCGCUGCCCCCCCUCCCCCCCCGGCCCCCGAAGGCCGCAUUCACGGGCUUUCCCGGUGUGUGGACAUGGAGCUGGGGACUGGGCACUGGGGCCACCUCCUGGUCCUGUCCUCACUCCCCACCUGCCCUUUCACCUUCCAGCCCCAUCCCCGGCUCUUGAGCUCAGGCCCAGCAAACCCACCCACACAGGCCUCUGGCCCGGAUGCUCCAGCGGGAACGAGUCUUCCUGCCCACAGCCUCUGCCCCAGCCUUUCUGGACCGCGUGGGGGGUAUCCAGCGGCUGACUUGUCCAGUGCUGGGCUGGCAGGGAGGAGGCCUCUCGCACGCCCGUGUCACAGCGGGGAGCGCGUGGGGCUGUGCCAGGCCUGGCGUUGUGUGUGUCCGCGGCACUCGGGGUGCAGCCCUGCACAGCUCAUGGGGAGCCGCUGGAUUCUGGCAAUAAAA